GUCUCACUGCAGUACAGCAGCGAUGGGAAGUGGUACCACACAUGCGGCGGGACCCUGAUUGAAACCAACUGGGUGCUGACGGCUGCCCACUGCAUCAGCUCUACUCUGACGUACCGCGUGGUGCUGGGCAAGCAGGUCCUGUCAGAUGAAGAAGAGGAGGGCUCGGUGACUGUGGGUGUGAAGAAGUUAAUUGUGCAUGAGAAAUGGAACUCCUACCUCAUCAUCAAUGACAUCGCCCUGAUCAAGCUGGCAGAGGAUGUGCAGGAGAGUGAGACCAUCCAGGUCGCCCUCCUGCCGCCCGACGGGCAGAUCCUGGAGAACGACUACCCCUGCUAUGUGACCGGCUGGGG